AUGGAUAAGAGUUGGAUGAAGAAAAGUAGAUUGUCAAGAGAUUAUAUGCAAGGGAUUAAAGAAUUUUUAGAGUUUGCUUCUCACAAUGCAUCUAAUGAUGGAACAAUUCCAUGUCCAUGUAUGAGAUGUGUGAAUUCAUACAUGUUGACCCUAGAAGUUGUACAUGAUCACUUGGUAUCCUAUGGAAUUAGUCCGGGUUAUAAUUGUUGGUAUCUUCACGGGGAAAUUAUGUCUGCAACGACUUCUAGUAGAACUAGUCAAAGCCAUGUUGAAGAAAUAGGACCCGAGUAUGGUGAUAUACGUGACAUGUUGCGGGAUGUGUUUCCCAUGCACACCCAAAAUAUGGAUGAAUAUGCAGAAGAAAGUAAUUUACCAGAACCAUCUGAUCAAGGUCCAAGCGUGCAACGACCUCAGGAAGAUCCUAAUGAAGAUGCACAAAAAUUUUACGACUUACUGAAAGAUGCUGAGAAGCCUUUGUAUGAAGGGUGCAAGAAUUUUAGCAAGUUGUCAGCAAUUGUGCAUCUGUAUCACUUGAAAUGUCUUAAUGGAUGGAGCAACCACUCAUUCACAAUGUUGCUUCAAAUUUUGAGAGAUAUGCUUCCUUCAGAUGCAAAUUUGCCGAAAGCCUCUUAUGAUGCCAAGAAGAUUAUUAAGGAUUUGGGUCUCGGUUAUGAAAAGAUUCAUGCUUGUCCUAAUGAUUGUAUGUUAUUUUGGAAGGAACAUGCAAAUGAUGAAGUGUGUCAUUGUGGUGCUUCAAGGUGGGCAACAAAUGAGAAUGAUUUGCAGCAUAAUAUGAGUACUUCAUCUAAAAAGAGAAAGAAAAAGGCUGCAAAGGUUUUACGGUGGUUUCCCUUGAAACCUCGAUUGCAGAGGUUGUUCAUGUCUUCAAAAACAGCUACUUCUAUGAAAUGGCAUGCUGAAGGCCGUACAAAUGAUGGCAUAAUGAGGCAUCCUGUCGAUUCUAUGGCUUGGAAAACAUUCGACUCUCGCUAUGUAGAUUUUUCCUUUGACUCUCGCAAUGUCAGGUUGGGGUUGGCAGCAGAUGGAUUUAACCCUUAUGGGAAUAUGAGUACUAGUUAUAGUAUAUGGCCGGUCAUAUUGGUCCCAUAUAAUUUGCCUCCAUGGAUGUGCAUGAAAAGGUCAUCUUUCAUCCUAUCAUUGCUUAUUCCUUGUCCGAGCUCCCCUUCGAAUGACAUAGAUGUGUACAUGCAGCCUUUAGUUGAAGAAUUGAAGGAAUUAUGGGAUGUUGGAGUACAAACUUAUGAUAUAUCUUCCAAAGAGAACUUCCAAAUGCAUGCAGCUCUGAUGUGGACUAUAAAUGACUUUCCCGCAUAUGGUGAUUUGUCUGGUUGGAAUACCAAGGGUGCUCUUGCAUGUCCUUCUUGUAAUUAUGAGACUCAUUCUCGAUGGUUAAAACAUGGAGGAAAAUAUUGUUUUAUGGGUCAUAGACAUUUCUUGGAUAAAGAUCAUAGAUUUCGUAAAGAUAGAUCAUCAUUUGAUGGCAAACAAGAAAUAGAACCAGCUCCCGAUAUGCUAUCUGGCUUUGAGAUCAUGAUGCAAACAGAAGACCUUGAUUACAAAUUUGGGAAGACAAAGGCAAAUGAAAAAAACAAAAAAAGAAAGAAACAAGCGGAUGGUGAUGAGAUACAACCAUGGAAGAAAAGAAGUAUAUUUUUUACAUUGUCGUAUUGGGCAAAUCAAAAAUUGCGUCACAAUCUUGAUGUGAUGCAUAUAGAGAAAAAUGUGAUUGAUAAUGUAUAUGGAACAUUGUUGAAUUUAGAUGGGAAGACAAAGGAUAACUUGAAGGCACGUCUUGACUUACAGGAGAUGGGUAUAAGACGUGAACUUCACCCACAAAAGAUCAGUUCCAAUAAGACAUAUUUGCCUCCAGCUUGCUUCUCAAUGAUUUUAAAAGAGAAAGAUGACUUCUUGAAUGUUUUGAAAGGGGUAAAAGUCCCAGAUGGUUAUGCUUCAAAUAUGUCACGUUGUAUCCAACUUCGACAGCGUAAGAUUAUAGGUUUGAAAAGUCAUGAUGGUCAUAUUUUGAUGCAACAACUUCUUCCUAUCGCAUUACGAGGAGCACUACCAAAACAAGUCGCUUCACCUCUAAUUGAGUUAUCUUGUUUCUUUAGGGAAUUAUGUUCCAAAGUCUUGCAAGUGGAAGAGCUUGACCGGCUUGCAUCUCGAAUUGUAUUGACUUUAUGCAAUUUGGAGAGAAUCUUCCCUCCCUCCUUUUUUACUGUUAUGGUGCAUUUAGUUGUCCAUUUGGCCACUGAGGCUAAAAUUGCUGGCCCAGUUCACUAUAGAUGGAUGUAUCCCAUUGAGAGGUAUCUCCAACGACUAAAAUCUUAUGUUCGUAACAAAGCCCAUCCAGAGGGCUCUAUUGCAGAAGGAUACAUAGCUGAAGAGUGCUUAAUAUUUUGUUCGCGAUAUUUGGAAUCUGUUGAAACCAUAUUCAAUCGACCCUUAAGAAAUGUUGAAGAUUCUACAGGGCCAAUAAUGAAUAUCGAACUUGAUCAAAAGUCAUGGAUACAAGCACAUCGUUAUGUGCUAUUUAACAAUGAUCAAAUUCAACCAUAUCGAAUCGUAGAGAUUAAUGUAAUCAUUUUAAUGGAUCCUAUAAUAUAUCAGGUUGUAGCUAUGGAUGACACAAGAAAACAACAACUUACUGGUGAAAUCAAGUGGUUUGCUCAAGGCCCAAACACUCUAGCUAGACGAUUCAAACGAUAUGUUGUUAAUGGUUUUAAGUUCCGAAUUAAAAAUUACGAGGCGGCGAAGAAAACUCAGAAUAGUGGGGUUUGUGUGGCCACCGAAGGAGGCACCAUGUAUUAUGGUGUUUUAUUUGAUAUCAUUGAGCUCAAUUAUUUUUACAAGUUGAAAUAUGUAUUAUUCAAAUGCAAUUGGGCUGAUGUGAACACAGGCAGAGGCUACAAGAUAGAUGAAUAUGGGUUUAACCUUAUAAAUUUUUCGCAUUUGAUACAUACUGGAGAACGGUCAAAUGAUGAACCAUUUGUCUUGUCAUCUCAAGCUUCACAAGUUUAUUAUGUGGGAGAUGUAAGGCAUGAAAAUUGGUUGGUUGUUGUUAAAACAAAAGCGAGAGAUGUGUUUGAUGUUGGUACUAGUGAAUUGUGUGAUGGUGAUGUUGACACUUACUAUGAUAACGAGCCGUACAAUAUGAUAGUUGAAGACACUCAUGUGGAUGCGAAUGAAAACCUCAAUUGGGCUAGAAAUGAUACAGAUGGAACGACAAUCAAUAUACCACUUCCACUUGAUCACCAACUGAUCGAUGAAGAUGAUUUAGAUGAGGAUGGCUAG